AUGCUAAAAUCAACAUACAAACCCUCCCCCGGUGUUCUCCCUCCUCUUCCACCAGGCUGGACCGAACACAAAGCGCCCACCGGGCACACCUACUACUACAAUGCCUCGACCAAAGAGUCAACCUACAAGCGCCCCGGCGUUACCCCGACCCCUACUCCUCCCGCCGCCGCUUCUCCGUUCGUGAACCCCUCGAUGAGCUACCUCCAACACCAAUCCGUUCCCGCGAUAAACCUCUCCGAUCCACGCGUUGCCAAUGCGUUUAUGGCGCAGUAUGCCCAACAGUUCCAACCUCAACACCAAGGAGGGCGAGGGGGUUUUGGAGCAGGAGGCAGAGGCGGCAACCAGCAGCAGCAGAGGCCGCGACCACAGCCCGUGGACAAGCCGAAAGCCAAGAUCGCCAUCCCGGGCUGCGAGCCGUGGUUCCUCGUUUACACGAAAUACGGGAGGAGAUUUGCUUAUAACCCGGUGAAGAACGCGAGUUACUGGCGCAUUCCGGAGAAGAUCUUGCCAGCAGUGGUGGAGUUGGAUAAAGAGCGGAUAAGGAGGAAGGCGGCGGGGGAGCCACCGCUUGAAGAGGACCCGAAGUACAAGAGCCAUGAGAAGGAGGAGGAAAAGGUGGAGGGGAAGGAUGCGGAGCAGGGUCAAGAGGAGACACACGACUACGACAGCUCGGAAUACGAAGAGGUAGAAGUAACCGACGACGAAGGCGCAGACCACGACGACGCCGAGCACCCCUCCAAGCGCCAGCGCACCGAAGACGAAAACCAGGGGCCGAUCGAAUUCACAGAAGACGACUUCGCCGCUCAGCUCGCCAUGAUGGAAGGCGACGGCAUGGACAUCGACCAAGAAUACGAUUUUGCCGCACAAGAAGAAAACGUCGAACCCCUCUCCGAUACCGACGCCCGCCUUCUCUUCCGCGACCUCCUUGCCGACUUCCGCAUAAACCCCUACUCUCCCUUCCAGAAGCUGAUCGACGAAGGCGACAAGACGGGUGUCUUCUCUGACCCGCGGUACACCGUGCUCACAUCGAUGCGCGAGCGCAGGGAAGUCUACGAUGAGUGGUCGCGCGAGGCCAUCCAAGCCUUAAAGGAAGCGAGGGCCAAGGAGGAGAAGAAGGACCCUAGGAUACCGUACCUGGCUUUCCUACAGGAACACGCGACGCCGAAGUUGUACUGGGCUGAGUUCAAGAGAAAAUACCGGAAGGAGGAGGUAAUGAAGGAUUCGGCGCAUCAUAGGAGCUUCAACGACAAGGAAAGAGAAAAGUUGUACAGAGAACAUAUCAACAGGCUGAAACUGCCGCAGUCACAACUCAAGAGCGAUUUGAAGAAGUUGCUGGAGAGCGUACCGCUCCGGCAGCUCAACAACCGCUCCUCUGUAGCCAGCCUCCCGAGUCAGAUCCUAGCAGACAUCAGAUACAUCUCCCUCGACGCUAAAACGCGCGACGAAUUCAUCGAGGGGUACAUCCAGGGUCUUGCCCCUCCGCCAGAGGUCGAAAGUGCUGCGGGAGAAGAGGAGGAUGAGGUGCUAAGGAAAGCUAGAGAGGAGAGGAAGAAGAGAGAGAAAGCGUUGGAGGAGAGGGAGAAGAGGGUGGAAGAGGAGAAGAGAAGACAAGAAAAGAGGCUAGCGGUCGAGAGGGCGAGGUUAAGGGAGGAGGAAAGGGAGUUGCAGAGGGCUAUGGUUGUUGAUAAGAAGGGGUUGCAGAGUCAGCUGGGUGGUGGUGCUGCGGCUGGCGGGGAGGCGCCGAAGGAUGAUGGGGCGAAGGAGGAGAGAGGAGGGAGUGAAUAA